GAAAACGUAACGUUGAAAUGUGAAAACUUAUUUUAACUAUUUCACUUCUGGUGGUGUUGAAUGCAGAAUUUAAGCGAUAAACAUGAGACAGUCUGCAUGGAUAUUGCUGUUUCUAGUUCCGCUGAUUGAAGGCAAUAUACUCGAAGAUGUAAUAAAUAGAUUUCAAAAUGAAAAAGACAAAACAAAUGUUUGUAGUAUCCCAACUGAUCGUCAACUUCUUAGAUGUGACGUUCAACCGCUUCACAACGUGGUACCUGAAGGGACAAUGUGCUCCUUUAUAGAAACCGAUUAUUCUCGAUCGGAAAGAGUUGUUGUGAAUUAUGUCUGCGAGAGUGGUAUGCUUAUUGCCAUGAAUCACAUGCACAGAGGAACCGGCGAGCAUCGUGUCAUACGGAAAAGAUUUAUCGGUGCUUUAAUUGGUAUCAUAGGAAUUGUAACUAGCAUUGGAUCUAUAGUAUGUGGUCUGUUUUGUCCAAGCGGUUCAAGUAGUUCAGAUGGCAGCAGUAAUUCAGUGAACCAACCACCAACUAUAACCUGUCCAGAUGUUGUUGAUAAAUUUAUAACCAGCCGAUUGCAAGAUACCAUAGUCAUUACAUGGGAUGAACCAACAGCUACUGAUCCCGAAGGCGAAAGUGUUGAAAUUUCAAGAACAGGUGAUCAGUCAGGAUCAUCCUUUGGAAGUGGUAGCCAUGUCAUUACAUACACAGCAUCAGAUGACAAAGGAAACAAAGACACGUGCAACAUUAGAUUUCAAGUUUCAGUAAUCUACUGCUUGAAAAGUUUGUACCUUGAAAAUGGGAAGAUUGAUUGUGAUACAUCAAGCCGUAUAUUCGGAACAUCAUGCAUGUUUUCUUGUAACAAUGGUUACCAACUAUCAUCUGACAACAGUUCUACAGUUGCAUGUGACAUUUCAAAUUCCGAAGGAACCUGGGCACCUUCAUCUCAUGUUACAUGUAAUAAAAAGGUAUGCCACUCACCUCAUCAUCCUUGCAAUGGACGAUCGCGAUUAACUUGUUCCUCUGACAACUAUGAGCACGGCACAAUUUGUUAUCCAGUUUGUAAUGACGGGUAUUCUACAGAUUCCACUAAAAGCAUAGUUUGUAAUGGUGAUCAGUGGACAGGUGUCAUAGAUCCUUGUUUAGAUUCCGAAGAACCGAAAUUUACCUUUUGCCCUACCACAAUCCGUAAAAUUGCCGAUCGACCAAAUGGAGAGACUAUCGUUAAGUGGUCGACACCCAUUGUGUCUGACAAUUCCAAGAAUGAAGAAUCGUGUGGUUUUGGAUCAUCAGUUGAGAUUCAGCAAAUACAAGGAUUACCAUCAGGAUCAUCUUUUGAAGUUGGAUAUCAUCACAUUUUGUACAAUGCUACAGAUAGUUCAAGUAACAUAGCCCAAUGUACUUUUGUCGUGAUCAUUGAAGAAUUAUCAUGUGACCCUCUUGUAAUGGACGAUGAAUUUGUAUUGGUUACAUGUCCAAACGGUUACACCUACGGGUCAACGUGUUCCCUUGCCUGUUUUAUGAGUUACAAGCUAGUGGGUGAUGUUAAUGUUACAUGUGAGAGAAAUAAAUCUGCAGAAGAUAAAUCAUUUUGGAACUGGAACAAUGAAACUCAGGCAUUCUGUCAAAAACUAUCAUGCCCAAAGCUACCUGUUCCUGAAGGUGGAGCAUUGGCUUGUAGUACAGCCAGCGGUAGUGAAGUAUGUACCAUGUCUUGUUCAAAUAAAUAUCAAGUUGCAAAAGGAACACCGAUUACGUAUAUAUGCAGUGAUGAACAAAUUUGGAUACAAGGAAUACCUCCAAAUUGUACAGACAAGGUGCAUCCUAGGAAUGCAAUUGGAGAAGGGGAGUUUUUCUUAUAUUAUGAAGGUGAUUGCUCCGAUCAAACUACGAUUAAGACAAUAGAAAAACAUUUUAUUGAAACAGUAAGAAGGGAAGAGAGAACAGAAGGAUGGAGCAACCUCUGUUCAGGUAACUGUACAAUAGAGGAUGUUAUUGUGGAUUGUGGAGCCCAAAAUGGAAAACGACGGAAACGAUCAACUGAAUCAGAUGCAUUUCACAAAAUGUUCAAGCGAUCUACCGAGCCUGUGAAGAUAACGUUAAAUUUUAAAUUAACUUUCCCGUGGCAGUCAGACAAGGGCCUAUGGGGAAAUAACGAGAUUUAUACAAAAUUGUCAGGUUUUAUGAGCAAUAGAAUGAAAGAGUUUGACUUUCCUAAUGUAACAACAGGUUCCAUGAAGUUUGGAUGGCUUGAGUACAAUUGUCCAUUGGGACAAGUACCAACUUACAAUGACGAUGGAACGUGUGUUGGAUGUUUCCCAGGACAGUACUUGGACAAUGAUGACUGUCUAGAUUGCAGCAAAGGAUAUUAUCAAGACAAAGCAUAUCAAAUUAACUGUGAGAAAUGUCCAUCAAACCAGUCAACUGAAAGUACGAGAUCAACGUCAAAAAAUGAUUGUCAAGAUGUUUGCCAACCAGGAACAUAUUCAAAUACAGGCAUAGUUCCCUGCUCACCGUGCCCACUAGGGCAUUAUCAACAUGAUUACGGUGCAACAGUGUGUCUUUCCUGUCCAUUACAUACAUUCACGUUGUCCACUGGCUCUAAUGAUUGUCAAAGAAUGGACGUUUCAUUCACUACAGAGAAUGGCUUGAUGAAUUUAAGAUCAUUGCCAUCUAAUAUUGACGAUUAUACACUUAGCGUUCUGUUUAAACUUAAUUCUAAUUCGCAGUGCAUCGCCGUGACCCUUGCCAAUUUCCAGAUAAAAAUAGGGAUAGAUAUCGAGAUAUCAGUUGCAAGUAAUGAAUAUAGUUUCAUAGUUCCAAAUGCUACAGUAUCCACAGUAUGGAAUCGUGCUUCAAUUGUUUGGAAAAAGUCGUUACAGGAGGCAAGCUUCUUUUGGAAUGGAAAUAAAAUUACUUCACAUAUAUUUGAUACUGCGACAACUGAAGAAAUUCAAGUUAUUGGCGACAGUUCCAUUCAAAUCGUAGCAUUGUCAAUAGAAUGUUCCUAUACCGGAUUCAUGUUUGCAACUGAAGCCCUGUCGGAUAGUACAAUAGAAGACCUUGCUAAAAGUUGUUUUCAAACUUUAGAUGGGGUUGUCUUGACUAUGCAUGACUUAUAUAUAUCAGAAAAAUCGGACACACAGUUGACAUAUUCCAAAUGUGACGUAUUUGACGAAUGCAUUUCAAGUCCUUGUGGUCAAGGCAACGUUUGUGUUAACAAACAGUCUGGGUAUCAAUGCAAAUGUCUUGGCGGAUACAGUGGAGAUAACUGCGAGGUUCCUCCAGACUUCUGUGAAUUAAAUGAUUGUAGAAACGGUGCAACAUGUGCGAGUCACUUCUCCAAUUAUACAUGUCAUUGUUCUGUAGGAUUUACUGGGACUUUUUGCGAGAGUGAAAUAGUCAAUGGCAACUGGGGUUCUUGGUUAAGUUGGUCAGAAUGCUCAGCUUCAUGUGAAGGUGGUACCCAAACAAGGGAGCGUUAUUGCAAUAAUCCAACUCCCGAUAGAUAUGGUUUAGCCUGUGUGGGCAGCAGUACAUCAAAUCAAUCGUGUAACAUAGACCCUUGUCCGGUGUGUCCUGAUUUCUUUAAGAUAUAUGCAUACAAGAAUGCCUUCAAUUGUACAAUGGCAGCAGAUACUAUAUCAUGUACCGUAUCUUGUCAAGAUGGCUAUACAUUUGUUAGAGAUUAUCUCCCCCUUGAUUUGUAUCAAUGUGGACCUGUGACAGGAUUUACCUGGAAUGCCCGACCGCCACCAUGUGCUGGUAUAUAUAAUUAUGUUUAUUAUUAA